GAUCAGUUCUCGGUGGCGGAAGCAUGGCGCGGGUUUUGUGCGGGGCUGCCUUCCUCCGCUGCGGGUUCUGGAGGUAACAGCAGUGAGAGAGCGUCGAUCUAGUGGUGAAUCUCACAAUGGAGGACGGCUUUAGCCGGAGAGAGGCUUGCCCUGUGAGGAGAGUGUCGGCUGCCGCGGACUUCAGCUACCGGGACUGCGAGCUGCUCUGUUCGACCCCUGGUCGAGGAGGCUACCCUGCCGCGGCCAGACUGAGCCCUGCGGCCGCGGGGAAGAUCGUGGAGCGGAGGAAAUCAGCACCGCAAGUGGUCCACCAGCGACAUAUGCCGAGUGAGCCCAAGAAGUUCCACAUACCGAGGAAAACCAAAGAGAAAAAGGCUCUGUUCCAGUUCGUCUCCACCGAGUCCAGGGAGUAUGAGGACAUGAAGACCAUCCUGACGUCCGGCUACAUCGACAGCAACUCUUCAGGUUGCUUCACUUACAGCAACCCUCAGCUCGUCCACAGUGAGCUGCUGGAGAAGGAAUUCGUGGAAAAACGGAGAGAGAUGAAAGCAGACGGAAGGACGGAUAAGGAGCUGGAGGAGAGCUACUGCUUCCUGAUGACUAAUUCAGUCAAGCUGCCUGUUCUUUGUGAGAAGGGACUAACUGUCGGUCGGAGCAAAAACACGGUGCUGGGAAACCCAAGUAAAGGCGUGUAUCUGUCAAGGUUUUCGGAUCUGCUGCAGACGAGACCUUUGACCCCUGGGACGACCGGGGAGCUCCUCAUCCUCAAGGUGAUGAAGGGAAAGGUGAAGAGCAUCUACGAAAACAUGAAGAUCCUCCAGGACCCGACGCCUCGCUUCGACAGCCACAUCGCCAAGAACGCCAGCAAGGUCACGUCGCUCAGCUGCUUCCGUGCCUACGAGCUCACGCAGCAAUACUUCUACGAGUAUUUGUUUGAUGAGCUGCGGGAGCGGCCGCGGCAGGUGUGUCCGUACGCCGUCGUCUCCUUCCACUUUAAAGGAAAAGACGCGCCUCUCUCCGUCAAACCCGCGGCGCCCGUCAGGUCCAGCAGUCAGUUCUCGGAGAGCAGCAAAGGGUGCGCUCAGUUCACCGUGUGGACCGGAGAUCUGGUGAAAAACGAGCGGGUUCUGCUCCAGGUCUCCCUCCAGUCCAGCUCCACUCCUUCUCUGCCCCUCAGGCUACCCGAGAAGUUGGACAUCGACUCGGUUGUGACGUUGGAUGAAGUGACCAACCUGGUUCCCUCUGCUGUGUUCUCCUUUAAUACCUACCGCAGCAGCAAAGAAGUUGUGAUUGACGGCUAUUACUGCAGCCUGCUGGAGGUGAUUGACAGAAAUCAGUCCUCUACUAACGUAACGAUGCUGCUGCGGGAGCUGGAGACCAAACAGCUGGUUCUGGUGAAUCCGCUCACAGAUAAAGGUUUCCUCUUCCUGCUGUCCAGCGUUCAGAUGGCCACACCGACGGAGAGAGGAGAGAACUGGAAGAAGAGCCUUCAGGCCUUGUUUGUUUUCCUGGAGCCCAGAGACGUUUCCACAUUCCCGUCACGGUGUUCCUCCUCCCAGGACAGUUUACCAUCCUCUGCCUCGCCGAUGCCGCGCCUCUCCGACUUCCUGCCAGCUCUGCACCACUCCCUGGUGAAAACCCGAGCCAACCCGCCGGCCAACCUCUCUGCUGGUGUGGAGCUGCAGACGCGCGAAUACCUCAGCGGCGUGACCGCCGGCAGCGUCCAGCCGUGCCCCAUGACCGAGUACGACUCGGUUCUGGACGAGGAGACCAAGCCCUGCCCGCCCUACCAACGGCCCAACACGGACAGCUACUUGCGCUCCUACCUGGCCAACCCUGCCGCCUACAUGCUGUCGGCAGCGCGCGCCAGGCAGGCGGUAGAGGCGCUCCUCGGACCCGAGCCACCGCCGGAGAAAACGCCCAGGAACAACAGAGGCCCAACUGACGUGGCGGGACACAACGCUCAUAAGGUGCAGCAGCUGUUGGACCAGAUUCUGACUUGUAAGAAAAACGCAGAGGCGGAAGUGAGGAGGGAGGAUGGCGAUGGUUUGAAAGCUUCGAAGAGGAAGAUGGAUCAGAAGACGGCGGAGAGGGCGCUAAAAUACUUCAAGGCGUCUCUUGAAACAGGAAAAGCCGACAGGAUUCCAGUUGGAGGAAACAAAACCUCUGUUACAUCUAUAAUCACCUCGUUGGGUUUGAAGGACGUGGAUCUGAGGGAAGACAGAUCCGAAGUAACUGUUAAAUUUCUCAGACAGCUGAAAGGACUUGUUAAUGCUGCUAAUCAGAGUCCCUCUGAGGCGAUAGAGGACGGACUGAAGGAGUCGAGUCCUUUCGGUCGGCUGGCCAUGAAGCUGGGCCUGCCCACUAACUGUGACAUCGACCUGAGGAAGCAGGAGGAGCUGGAGGAGCAGACGGCAGGCAGCGUCAGCAGCCUGGAGGGCUUCAGUCCCGGUUCGCACAGCGGGGAGCCGAACUACCAUGGAGGAAGAGGAGGAGGAAGGCUGGGGAGGAAAGCGCCGGCUAAUGAAGAGCAGGAGGAGGAGUGGGAGAUCCCGUGGGUCCUGAUCCCCAUCACAGGUCUCUCUUCGGAGCGAUACUCACAGCGGGACAGGAGCCUCCCGCAGGACCCGCGUUUCCAGCACCGCGACUUGGCCACCGGCGUCACCGUGACGACCAAGUUGCCCAGGAGGAGCCCCGCCCCGUCUCCGGAGCGGAGCCCCCCUCCGUCCUACCUGUCCCCCGAGGCGACACCUCCUCCCUCCCCCUUCCAGUGCUCGUCGCCCAUCCCCAGCCCGCCUCCCUCGCCGUCCCAGUGCCCCUCCCCCGACCCCAGUCCGUCGCCGUCGCCAUCCCAGUGCCCGUCCCCGGACCCCAGCCCACCUUCGUCUCCGCUCACCUGCCCUUCGCCGCUGCCCAGCCCCCGCCCUUCUCCCGCCCGCUCACCGUCACCUGAGACCAAGCCGCCGCCCUCCCAGCGGUGUCUGCCCGCUAACGAAGUGAAGCCGCCUAACGAGCUGCAGGUUUCCCCCAAGGAGUUUCCAGGAGAGUCGAGUAAAACUGAGCUGAAGGUCCAGCAGAAGGAAGUUAAAACGGAGCCAGCAUCGGUUCCUGCAGAGAUGGAUCCGUUCUCGGUUCUGCCGUGGAGGAUAAGAUCUUCCCCGUCCAAAUCUCAACGAAUGGAGGAAUCGGAAGGAGAGGCAGAGACACUGGUGAAAGUAAAGGUUGCAGCAGAAGAAGAAGAAGAAGUUCAUCUAGAGGAGGGAUAUGAGGAGGUCGCUGAGCGGAACCAAUCAGAACCGAAGGAACCCGACGGCGGCUUGUUUGGCCAUCCUGUCAGAGACCUGGACAGCGUCGUGGACAAAAACCUGAUGGAGUUUUCCUCGGACCUGCAUCUCCUCUUGCAGGAUGAAGGCGUCAACUACAGCCUCCCCCCGUUGCCGCCGGCGCCGCUGCCGCCGUACGCAUUGCUGCCGCAGUUUUCGCCCUACGUCUCCUUCUACAACCCCUGCCCUCCGGUCGCCGACUACGUCGGCUCGCUGCACAACAGCAUCGUCAGCCUGCUGGCGGCGAGCGAGGACCGCGGCGCCCUGGCGGCGGCGAGCGAGGACCGCGGCGCCCCGGCGGCGGCUGUCGGGAUUCCUGUCGAUGCCGCACUGGCCAACACUGUCAGCGACUUUGUGGCCAGCGUCAGAGCAGGGAAGACUUCAGCGGGUCGGACCGCCGCUACCGAACAGUUCUCUGACUGUGACCCAACCUCUGGUUCUGGGUCCGCCUGGGGCCGCGCGGCUCAGCCUCAGCACGGCGCUGCGGUUCGGACCGUGCUCUGCUCACCUGCAGAGGAAGGCGGAGAGACUCUGACGGGCGCGGACCGCACCAUAACCAUGUCAGAACUUGGAUCUGGUUCUGAAACCCAGCAUCCACAGGUCGCCAGUCCGAACCCCGCCUCCGCCUCGGUUCUGGAGCCAGGCGCGGCACCCGUCCCAUCGACUACACACAUCAGCUCUGUGAUCGACCGGCUGGAGCCGAACGUCUUACACAACCUGGCGGAGAUCCUGAAGGACAUCAAGAGGAAGACGCCGCAGUUCUACGUCCACUGCCCAGAACCGGACGACCCGGUCUGCAAGGAGGUCAAGGAAUAUCUGGUGAGCCUGGGCAACGUGCAUCAGAGUCCAGCGGACUUCCUGCACCAGGACAACACGGAGAACGGCCUGCUGGUCAUCAUCAAGAACCAGGACAUCGCUGGACACGUUCAUCGGAUUCCAGGCCUCAUGUCCUUAAAGCGACACUCCUCUGUGGUGUUUGUGGGCAUCGACUCGCUGGAUGACAUCAAGAACAGCAGCUGCAUCGAGCUGUUUGUCUCCGGAGGCUGCAUCGUCUCCGACGAGCUGGUCCUCAACCCGGACGUCAUCCCUCACAGUCGACUGGCUGCUCUCCUGAUGCUCCUGGAGAAGCACAGCUCCCCAGAAAGUCUCUGGAGGUGGAAGAUCCACUGCAAAACCCACAAAAAGCUGAAAGAGCAAGCCAGGUUCCGGAGGGACGCAGCCAACCUGCUGGAUCUGCUCUCGGCGUACCAGAAGCGGCAGAUCGUAGAGUUCCUGCCGUAUCAUCACUGUGACAUGACAAACCAUCAGUCGCCGGACCUCGACUGCCUCACCGAGCUCCAGGCCCGAUACACGCAGUUCCGACACACGGUCUACCUCACUGAGCACUCCUUCGAUAAGUUUCCUGUCUACUCCAACGGGGGGAUCAUCGUGGCCGCGAUGGAGGAAAUCGAGCGCAGCUUCAGCCGGCUGGUUGGCUGUCUCAGCGUCAAGGACAAGCAGUUGUUCCUGGAGGAUCUGCUGGCUCCCAAAGGUCUCGGCCAACAGUCUCCGUCCACCGCCGCCGAUCGCCUCCACCCCGUUGCCGAUAGCAACCAGACGCCUGGCGUUCUGACCGCCUGGCCCCGCGCCCCCGACCAGUUGGCUCCGGAUGCUGGCAGCGAGCGUGUUUCCGUGACGACCAGCAGAGACAUGGAGGUGCUGCAGCAGGCCAUCAAGGAGAUGCGGGCGGAGCGCCUGAAGCAGCUGCAGCAGCUGCGGAUGCAGCAGCAGCUGCUGGAGCUGCAGGUGGAGUCAAGCGACGCUGCCCUUCCUGCCGCUGCUGUGGAGGGCGGUCACCUCACACCGCCCACGGACCGGGCAGCACCGCCGGAGUCGGUCCGGUUCACGCCCGGCAGGAAGGCUGUGACGGCGACGCUGGACUUGAUUCACUCCGGUCUGCAGCUGGAGACGUGGGAGGGCGAGAGGUCGGAGGACAGAGGGCGGCCCACUCCCACAGAGGGACACUCGGCCCAGAACCGCCCAGAACUGUCCAAUCAGAGCGCAGCUGCUCGGUCAGCUGACCCAAAUGGGCCGGACUUCGACCAAGAACCGGACCGACGACAAGAACCCGACCGAUCAUCAGGCUCUCCUGAAGAGGGCGACGUCUCCAGAUCCUCCCAGUCCAACCAGCAGCCACCCGUCGGCGCCGAAGCGGCUCACCAGAGCAGUGCAGAGUCCCGGAUCCCCGUCUUGAUGUACCGAGAUCAGAACCAGCCGGGUCCGGCUCUGUUCGGCCAGCCGCCACAGCGGAGCGUCGGCCUGCUUCAAGCCCCCCAGCUACCGCAGUUCCACGGCCAGCAUUUCCACACCGGACCCUUACUGGGAGCCCUGCGCCCGUUGGGGGCCCUGCGGGGCAUCAUGGGCCCCCCGCCCAUCUGGCCCGGCGGGCUGGCUCCCACGGCCAGCCCCCUGGUCUGGGGCCUGCAGCAGCCGGGCGUGGACCUCCUGGGCGGGUUCUACGGCCCUGCAGGUCCGGGCGGGAGCGCGUACCGAGGCGCCCGGCCCGGCGGAGGUUUUAACAGGAUGUAGAGGAGAGCCGGGUCUGUUGAUCCGGAAACAAAUUGAACACAAAAAAUAAAGAUUAUUAUUAUUAUUAUUAUUAUUAAUAAACAACCUGAGGGUUUCAGUCAUGACUGUUUACAGAGUCAGAAUAAAUCCGGAUCAUUUCAGGAAACACUAAGCAAAUAAAUGAGCAGAUGUAAAUAUUUACCAGCGUGUAAAUAAGCAAAAGUUUUCAACGUUUUCAACAAACAGCGCAGAUGUUUUCACUGUUUGAUGGACAUGAGCUGCUCGCGCUCUGGAAACUCAAACCACAGGAGGACAUGGGGCUGCCUUAAACCAGUGGAUGAAAAGAAGAAGAAGAAGAAAAAGUCGUUUUCCGUGCUGAAUGUUUGGUUUGGUGCACUGGGAGCCGUUUCUGUUCUGUUGCUGUAGAAAGAAAAUCUGUAACAAAUGGUUUUAACUUAAAUCAGUUUUUAUGUUUUGUUUUUUUUCUAUAUCAGGUUUUUGUAUUAAAAUUCCAUGAAAACAGAAACAUGUUUUUCUUUCCCUCUGUUCAGAAUGUUGAAGCAUUUUGAGGAUGAAUGAUUUGUCUACAGAAGGAUGAGGAAAGGGAUUAGCGGGACCCAGGUAACCCCAAUCCCACACCUGAUCACAGCAAACCUCAUAUUUUUAAUAAAGUACAUUUUCUAUUACAAUUUAUAGUUACUUUUAAGCAGCGUGAUUAUGUCCCAGUAAAUAAAUGUCGACUGGGGGUGCAAACCAUUAAUAAAUUAUUAUUGUCAAUUAGUGGUUCAUUAGAUGAUAAUUAAUUCCAGUGAAUCAAGUAAUAAACUAGGGGUGCUCACACUUUUUCCUAAAAUGACCAACCCAAAGCAAUCUACUUCAAAAAUGCAAAACCGUUUGACGGACAUGAGCACAAGAUAUUUAUUUAGAAAUAUAUUGAGAAUUCUUAUAUAUUUUACUCCUUAUUAAAGUGAUACGUUUUUAUCUUAUUACUUGGUUCAGCUUUCUAACUUAUUUUUAUACCUUUCCUUAAGUUUAAGAAAAAACUUAAGGGUAAAAAUUGGAGGAAACUCGAUAUCUAGCUAGUUUUGCUACGCUCAUCGCCGUUGUUUGCGCAUGCCCAGUGACGUAUUUGUCAGAAAAGUCUCCUUCUCUUUGUUAUAUUGGCAAUUGACAAAGAAGUCAAUAUUGCCGCUACCAGCCAUUUCAAUCAAUUGAGGCUGACGUCUAGUUUUUAUUUUUAUGUCAUAAGAUGAGGGCCGGCCCAAGGCCGCUGAGGGCCCCAGGACCACCAAGGGUUAUAACUAUGGAAGUAAAUAUGUGCCAUCAGGAUUUGUUUGAAAAAUGCCUAUGAAAUUUAAAUGUU